AUGCCCCAAACGCGACAAGCUCGAGUCUCUGCACAUCCCGACACCGGUUUGAAUCUCGCCACCAUAUUCCCCUCCGAGAUCUGCCAGCUCAUUCUCGAAUACCUCCUCCUUCUCGCCCAAUCCGACAAUAACCUCUCCCUCCGCCUCAUGUACACCUGUAACGACUUGCUCAACACCGUCUCGCCCUAUCUCUACAAGCGCGUCACCCUACACGCGGGCAAUGCGGACGCAUUCUUCUACGGGCUGGCAGAUGGCAAGAUGAAGAGGGGCGAAGUCAAAGGGUGGCAAAUGAAGAACGAGGGUCGGCUGGAGGGAAAGAGUGUGGUUGCGAGGCGCUUGAUCUGGCUGAGUAUGGUCCGAAGGGUGGAGAUUAUGGAUUCCCCGGCACUUGUGAGCUGUGUUACAGCUGUGAAAGCGCUUCUCAAGAGACCCUUUCCCACUCGCCCAACAGACCUUCUGUCCCUCUUCUUUUGGCGAGCACACGAGAGCAACGUCCAUGAGAAGCCAGUUCUACGGAUCUCCACCAGUGUAUCUCCUCCCACCUCGAUGAUUCAUGGUCGCAGCCGCUUCAAGAAAUGGCAACAGCUUGCUCGGUUACCCACUCUCGAGCUGGACUUGAUGGGCCCGGGCGACGUCCACUUUUACCACAAUAUCGUGCUCCAGCGCGAACUGUCGCGGAGGGCUGAGAAUGUGAUCAUCAAAAACUUGGCUCACCAAACCCUUCGUCGUAUCGAACUGCUUUCAGGAUGUCCCCUUAAGAGCAUAUUGGUUAUUAUGGAGAAUGGUGGCGAUGAUCAUCGUAAGCUUCUGGAAGAUUUUGCUGAGUAUUUCGCAGCCCGGGGACACACCAACAGCGUCCUUGUGACCAUCAAGGGCUACCAAUACCAGGCGAACGAGUCAUCUUUCGAAAUCGCGAAACUCAUGAAGGAGGCGUAUGUCGCACGUCGCGCAGCACUGUCGUACUGGUCCCACAGUAAUGUGGGGCGAGGGGUGGAUUUUGAGGUACUAUGA